AUGGCUCAAGAAAUCGGAAGACAGAUUAUCGAAGGUAAGAGGUACUUUUUUGUGACUUUAUAUUCCUUUAGAUAUGUACAUAUCUCUCACGACCGGAAAACUGAUUGGUAAUCGCGAAUAUGUCUCGAAACUGCCGCAGCUCACGAAGGCGUACCACGUUAUCAAAAAUCUUCGAGCCUCAACGGACGUAGAAAAAAGUUUGGAAGCGUUCGAAUUAGUUAAAUCGGUGAGUCCAUCAAUAAUAAUAUUAUUGUUUUGUUUAGGAUAAAGAUGUUUUCCUGGAGUUAAUUAAGAAGGAGAAGGCAAAAGAUAUGUUCGAUUGGAAAGUUAAUUUAGUUUUGAGCAACAGCCAAACUUUCAAAUGUUUAACUCCAAAGAUUGAGUUGAAGAUUGAUGGAAAAGAUUUGGAAUUUGAUGUGGAAACGUUUGAGCAGUUGAGAUAUGAGGUUGCGAAGGCUUUGAAUCGUCUCCAAAAGUAUCACGAAAUUGCGUGA